CCUGAAAAGAGGAAAAUCUGGUUAGUCUACGCUCAAAUCAUGUGCUAAGAAACGGGACCAAAUUCAACCCGAUGAAAAGGAAGACGGAUUCUUCAUGCGUUCACUCUCCCAAGUACUCCUGAUUCAAUGCAACCGACAACGGCGGUCGAACACAAGGUGUGCCCUUGCGUGCCGAGGGCGUCUGGUUCACUCCCACCAAUUCACCACCAGUUAAAUUUUGUGCUACCACCUAGGAGUCUGACAGAUCAAUAUGGUUUAAUGUACAUGUGGGGGCACCGAGGGCAUUACUUAAGAUCAACGGGAGGUGAAACUCUAGGUUCCGGCCUUGGUCCCGGGAAAACUUUCUAGUUGGCCACUGAAGUUUGCCUCUUCUUCCUCACUGCCUGCAUUGGCAGCAGCACUGUGGGCAGAGGCCCAAGGCACCCAAAAUCUUCUAUCCCAAGCAAUUUGCCGAUCCUUGGAGCACUUUUACAAUGCAUGAGAUCCUUGGAAACUAGUGCUUGGCAAAUGGCAAUGGACAAACUUUGAGUAGUUCCAAGCACAUGAAUAUACUCAAGCCAAUAAGAAAUGGUGAGGCCACAGAAUAUUGUAUGGAUUAAAAGUACAGAUGCAGCAUUCUAGGAACAGGAGAUAUUGCAACUCUACCUUGAGUCUUUGACCAAUGGAGGGCCCAUGUCUCUGCAACCCUAUAAAUCUACCCUUCUUUGUUCUUCUUUCUCCUUCCCUUUCCGUUAGUUACAUGACAGACAUACCUAAAAGCAGUAGACAGUUAGUUAUGCAGCCGUUAAACUGUAUAAGCUUCUUGCUCGGGCUGGCCAUCCUCUCAGCCACCCUUGGCCCCUUUGUCACUAUUGCACAUAGAGAAUUGCUGAUGGUAACUGGCAGCAAGAGAGGAGCAGAAAUCAAGCUGGACCUGAGUGUUGACAAAACCAGCACAGAUGAGGAUGUUAGAAGCAAUGUAUUGACAGGACGAAAGCUAGCUUUUGGACAUGCAGUCACGGAGCAGAAGGAUGCAAAUAAUUCUGGAAGCAAAACAAGCUCAGGAGAAAUUAAGAAUUAUCCAACUAAUCCACGCGCGCCUUCAAACCUAAAGGAUAGUAGUAGCUCCAGGAUGCAGGCAGGACCAUCCAUGAAAAGAAUAAAACCAGAAGGAAGCACAUCUGUGAUAGCACUCAACAUGCCAAAUCCUCAACAAUUCAGAAUAUUGCCAUCAAAGCAUUCUGCCAUGAAUUCAAAUGCAGGCUUCAAACAAAAGUUGAGGGAUUCAAUCGUGCGCAACACAUUAUAUAGAAUAAAUGAGGAUUCAAAGGAGAAAAUGCUAGAGGCCAGUGAUGAGGUUCUGAAAUUUCUUAACAGAGACUACCAUGUCUCUCCCCAUAAGAGGAGACCUGUUCAUAACUAAGGAUAAGGAACUUAUGCUAAGCUAAAUCCUAGUCUUUUAACCUAAGUUAAUGAUCUAGUGGUGAGCCAGUA